AUGGUGUCCUUUUGCCACAAUAUAAUUAAUAUUUCUUGUGUGAAAAGCAGCUGGUCAAAUGAUGUCCGUGCCUCCCUGUACAGUUUAAUGGUGCUCAUAAUUCUGACCACACUCGUUGGCAAUCUGAUAGUCAUUAUUUCCAUAUCACACUUCAGGCAACUUCAUACCCCAACAAACUGGCUCAUUCAUUCCAUGGCCACCGUGGAUUUUCUUCUGGGGUGCCUGGUCAUGCCUUAUAGCAUGGUGAGAUCUGUUGAGAAUGGCUGGUACUUUGGAGAAGUCUUCUGUAAAAUUCACACCAGCACGGACAUUAUGCUGAGCUCAGCAUCCAUUUUCCACUUGUCCUUCAUUUCCAUUGAUCGCUACUAUGCUGUGUGCGACCCACUGAGGUACAAAGCGAAGAUCAGCGUCUUGGUUAUUUUUGUGAUGAUCUUCAUUAGUUGGUGUGUCCCUGCUCUUUUUGCAUUUGGAAUGAUCUUUCUGGAGCUAAACUUCAAAGGAGCUGAAGAGAUAUAUUACAAAUACACCCACUGCCGAGGAGGUUGCUCUGUCUUCUUCAGCAAAACAUCUGGGGUACUGGCCUUUAUGACUUCUUUCUAUAUACCUGGAUCGAUUAUGUUGUGUCUCUAUUCCAGAAUAUAUUUCAUAGCUCAGGGACAGGCAAGAUCAAUUAAUGAUGCAAUUGGAUUGGAAGAGAAAAAUGGGAUGUCACAAAACAAAGAAAGGAAAGCUGCAAAGACUUUAGGGAUUGUGAUGGGCGUUUUCUUAGUAUGCUGGUGUCCUUUCUUUGUCUGCAUGGUCAUGGACCCUUUCCUGGACUAUGCCAUUCCAGCCACCGUAAAUGAUGCACUGAUUUGGUUUGGCUACUUGAACUCUACUUUCAAUCCAAUGGUUUAUGCGUUUUUCUAUCCCUGGUUCAGAAAAGCACUGAAGAUGAUUCUAUUUGGUAAAAUAUUCCAAAAAGAUUCAUGUAGGCAUAAACUAUUUUUAGAAUCACAUCCAUAG